AAAAAUUAUGACAGUUGCACUUCACUCUACACACUGAUAACACUGUCUGAUAUGUACUAGUCAGUAGCAACACACAAUAGAUCACGUUCCAUCGUAGUUGUACCCUGUAAUAGUGAAAGGAGGCAGGAGAUAAAAGUCGUCUUAUUCUGACAAGUGUACAAAGAAGCCAGGAUUCCACACCAAGUGGUUUGCCAUACAUCAUAUAGUGAAGAAAUACCAUCGGGAACCCACUUUUACAAUGGAGACCUUCAGCCUGCUACUUUGUGGAGUAAUUCUAUUAUUAAGUGCCUUGUUUCUACAUUCAAGAAACACUAAGCGAGCUCAGUUCAUCAGAAUGAUAGAUCAGAUACCUGGGCCUCGUGCAUACCCCAUCAUUGGUUCAUUAUUGCCGUUCAUCUUCACGAAACGAAGCGAUAUGUUUGAAGUGGGACAGAAGAUCAUCUACAAGCACAGUCCAAUAUUUCGCAUCUGGAUUGGUCGUUUGGCUGAUAUCAAUCUCACACGCCCUGAGCACGUAGAAGUGGUUUUGUCAAGCAGCAAACAUCUGGACAAGGCCAUUAUGUACACGUUCCUUCACAGAUGGCUUGGUACUGGACUUCUCACUGCUACAGGUCAGAAAUGGCACUCCCACAGGAAGAUGAUCACGCCGACUUUCCACUUCAAGAUCUUGGACAGCUUCGUGGAGGUGUUCUCGGAGAAGAGCGAGAUUCUAGUCAGCAAACUGCAGAAGGAAGUCGGAUCUCAGGGCUUCGACGUAUAUCCCUACAUCACUAAGUGCGCACUGGACAUCAUUUGUGAGACUGCGAUGGGGACCCCAAUAUUUGCACAGGAUGAUGGGAACUCAGAGUAUGUGAAGGCAGUUUACGACAUGAGUGAAAUUGUAGUAGAGCGAAUAUUACAUCCAUGGCUGCAUCCCGAAUUCAUUUUUAAGCUGUCUGCAUCAGGCAGGCGCCAUGAUGUAUGUCUAAAAGUGCUGCAUGGAUUCACUAAGAAGGUGAUUGGAGAACGUAAAGUCCAAAUGCUGAUCAACAGAGAGAACUCUGAUCAAUUUUCAGGAAGCAAUGAUGAAGCCAUGGGCAAGAAGAGGAGGAAAGCGUUCCUGGAUCUUCUGCUGGAGGUGUCACUCGAUGGCGUCAAGUUGACAGAUGAAGAGUUAAGAGAGGAAGUGGACACAUUCAUGUUUGAGGGCCAUGAUACGACAAGUGCUGGGAUUUGCUGGGCAGUUUACUUGCUGGGACUCCACCCUGAUGUGCAGGAGAAGGCGUACCAGGAGCAGGAGAGCAUAUUCCAAGGAUCUGACCGCUCUCCAACGAUGAAGGACCUCAACGAGAUGAAAUACCUUGAAAGGGUCAUCAAGGAGUCCCUGAGAUUGUAUCCCAGUGUUCCAGUAGUUAGCAGACGUCUUAAUGAAGAUAUCGAAAUAGGUGAUUACACCAUCCCAGCAGGUUGUAUGUUGACCAUUCAAAUUUACAACCUGCAUCGGAACCCCGAUCAGUUCCCCGACCCAGAGAAGUUCGACCCGGACAACUUUCUGCCGGAGAGGGCAGCAAAAAGACACCCUUACGCCUACACCCCCUUCAGUGCCGGUCCCAGAAACUGCAUAGGGCAGAAGUUCGCCCUGCUGGAGGAGAAAACGGUGCUGUCCUACAUCCUCCGUCACUACGAACUGCGUUCCCUUGACAAGAGAGAGAAUAUCACAUUAAUAUCAGAGCUAAUUCUCAGACCACAAGGUGGAAUCCGUCUCAUCAUCACACCUAGAAAUGCAGGAAGCAGUAAGAUGUAAAAAAUAGGAAGGUAGUGUUUCCUUCAUGACCUGA